AUGCCUGUCCCUUUCGAGACUCUGAUUCCUUAUGGAAUCAUUGUUGCCAUGUUCGGCAUCACCGGUACCGGUCUGCACGUCAUCAAGUACGUUCAGAACGGUGGAAAGAAGCCGCGUUGGGGCUUGGAUCAGUGGGAUAGACAAAUGAUGGACCGCGAUCGUCGACUUACGGGUGACCUGCGCGGACAGGUCGACAACGCCGAAGCUCCUCCAGGCUUCGAGCUUAACAACCCUUGGAGAGUGAUUAGAGAAGCGCAUGUCAUAACGGAUGGGAUUUGA